CCUGCCUGUAAACGCCGCCACCGCCGCCGCGAAACGCAGCGCAGCAGUCAGCCAGUGCCAAGAGGAUCUUCGUCUUGUGACUCUGUUGUUGUGCGCGCCCGUACAUGUAUUGUUUAUAGACUCCACUGCUCUGGCGGCUGGUGCAGCGUUAUAUACAUAUGUGUGGCAGUUAGCGAUAAUUCAGCAUCGAGUCCGAGGUUUUUCUCUUUUGUACAGGAAAAAAAAAUUGCUGCUGCAGGGCCCUGGGCUUCGAUUGCAAUACAAGGGUUAUGUUAUGAGCUCGCUUGGAAAUCGCACAGUCGCGGAGACACUUUGUGAUCAUUACUUCACGCCGAACAAUCGUAAUAAACUUCGCCUCUCGCUUUUUCGUGCCGGUUGAUGUACUGCAUGAGCUAGACGCGUACAAUAUAUGCGUACGCGCUUAUAUUAACACGUCCAAAUACACGACCGUAUAGAAUAAAAACUGGCAGUGCAUACAUGUAGUCAAAGCACAUAUACGUGCGUGCAUACUUUAUCGCGUGUGUUGGUGUCUAUGUACUGUGUCUUAUAGCGUGCAGUGCGCGAUACAGAUAUACGGCGAAACUCUAUGUAGCAUAUAAAAAAUAGCACUCGAGAAGUACACACAAGACGAGGAACAAAAUAUCUCUAAACGAAGCAAGUAGAGAACUCCUUGCUGAAACAUAACGCGACAGUUUUAAUAUCUGACUCUUUGUCGUUUGCAUGUGAUCAAAGCAUUCUCUAUCUUCCAUGAUACGGAAUGCAGCGGAUGAAAGGGCAAGCCAACAGUCAAGUAAGCAAUGGACCAAAGGAACACCAACCUGGCGAUCAUUCGACAGGAGAAGAUAUUGGUUUUGAAUCAUGGAGAGGAGGAAACAGAAAUCAACACCAUUCCAACUACCCAAUUGGCAGUGGAGGCAAUGAUCACUAUAGUCCUUACUAUGCUGGGGGCUCAUUUCAAUAUCAAACAUUUGGAGCAGGAGAUGGCACUUGGUCAAAUGGUGCAGAUCCUGUAACUUUUUUGCCUGGUUAUAGUGGUCAAAUGAGUCAUGAUGGUUACGGUGUAGAAGGAGUUUUUUCAAAUGCUGGAGGUAGCUUUGGCAACUUCAGUCAGCCUUUUAAUUAUUUUCAUGGCAAUGGUGACUUCAGUGCCUGGGGUGCUCCCAGGAAAACUCAAUACGAAGAUUAUUAUCCGCAACGUAGUAGUGAUAAUUAUGGCUCCAAUAUUGGAGAUAAAACUAUUGAGCAAGGUGUGCAAGGAUUGUCAAUUGGCAAUAAGCUACAAAGGCAAGAUCAGUCACAAUCCCAGGGUUUGCAACAAGGAUCACAAUCAGGUGGUCCUCCCAAAAUGGAACCUAAAGAACCUCGUAAGAUUACAUGGGCCAGCGUUGCAAGUCAACCAGCAAAACCUGUACAACCUGCGUCAUCUACUCAAACACAGAAGAAAAAAACUGGUAUAGCCCCACCCCCAAUUAUUCCAGGCAAGCACAAUAUGGACAUUGGAACUUGGGGAGAAGGGAAAGCUUCCAUGCCUCCUCCAAAAGCUCCCCCACCACCUUCACCUCCAACAGUACAACCACCCUUGCCAUCUCCACAACCUGUACAAAGACAACCUCCUCAACAGCAGCAUCAGCAAAGAGGCUCAAAUUCAGGACCACCUGUGGCAACCUGCUGGAACAGACAGCCUCAAGGUCCUCCAUCACCUCCUUCUCAGCUAUCAAAUAUGCAACAUCAAUACCCAUCUGCUAAUCAUAAUAAUCAGCAUCAUGUGCAAAAGAACCAACAUAUUCCUCAGCAAUCUCAACGUGGACCCCCACCUCAACAACAGCAACAGCAACAACAACAACAACAACAACAGCAACAGCAAAUACAACUGCAACCACCAGUUUCUGCGCAAAAUUUGUCUCAUCCAGUACUGGAUGAGUUGAAAGUUAAGAAUGAUUACAAUCCUACAGACUUUGAUCAAACCGCGCCGGGAGCACGAUUUUUUGUAAUCAAAUCUUAUUCAGAAGACGACAUUCACAGAUCAAUCAAGUACGAAAUUUGGUGUAGUACCGAGCAUGGCAAUAAGCGCUUAGACAUGGCUUAUCGAGACGCGAAUAGGGAAGGUUCACCACUGUACCUAUUUUUUUCGGUCAAUGGAUCGGGGCAUUUUUGUGGCAUGGCUCAAAUGGUUUCAUCAGUAGAUUAUAACAGUAACAGUUCGGUCUGGUCGCAAGAUAAAUGGAAAGGCCAAUUCCGUGUGCGUUGGAUCUACGUGAAGGACGUACCAAACAUGCAACUGAGGCAUAUAAAGCUUGAAAAUAACGAGAACAAACCGGUAACCAAUUCGCGUGAUGCGCAAGAAGUGCCUCACGCCAAGGGAAUACAAGUUUUGCGGAUAAUACAUAAUUAUCGGCACUCGACUAGCAUUUUUGACGAUUUUGGACAUUACGAGAAGCGACAAGCCGAGGAAGAUCAACGCAAGGUAUCACCGACGAACAUGGGUCCGCAUCAUCACCCACCACCACCUAAUCACAGAGAGCGCGGUGGUGAGGGCCUUAGAGAACGGGGUGGUGAUGGUCGGGAACGUGGCAGUGGUGGUAAUCACAGAGGACUCUCUCAUCAUCCUAGGGAUGAAAAUAUGCCACACCCUCGCGAUUAUCAUGGUCAUGAUCAGGGUCGUGAUCUCGGACCACGCGACCAUGGCCGUGAUCAUGGUCGAGAACAUGUCCGGGAUCAUAUGCGAGAACACCCCCGGGAUCACAUGCGAGAACAUCCCCGGGAACACGGUCGUGAUCAUGCACGAGACCGAGAUCGAGAACGCGAUCAUGGACCUCCGUCUCAGCACUCUCAUCAUCAGCGCAGAGAACGAGAGCAUCGUGGAAGAGGAAGAGGAGGCCCUCGUCAGUAGCAGCGAGUUACUGAAAAUUGGAUCACAGAAGACAUUAGUAUUCGAUUUAUAAAAUCAAGCUUUACUACCUUUUUACUUUCUCUGAUGACUUACGGACUUAAACGGCUUGUCGCCCAGAUCGGAGAAAAGUUCAUUCCGACAUCGUCGACCGUUGCUGGAUCGUUGUUAAUGACAACAAUCAUAAUCAACGCCCUGUUAAGCCUAGCAAGCAAACUUACAUUUAUUUUCAACUUAAUUUCCAGAUGGACCAGGAGCAGCAUUGUUAUAGUUGCCGAAGAGUACCGUCGACCAAUUAUUAAGAGAAUUUUAUCAGUGCGGUGGUGCGUUGUCAUAUGUAUGCUUUGAAUUUGAGUCCGCAUGGUGUUUAUUUUAAAAGAUUGAACAAUUUGAACUUAAUCAUACAACAACAGAGAACAGUAUGAAGCAUAUUGAUGGAACAAUAAAAUGUUAACAAAUGACUGGUCAAAAUUAACUGUGAACACUAACUAACUGAUCAGUGCGUCGGAAGAAAGAUAUAAGGGCAGAAAUUUAAUUGUAAGUCAACUUUCACAAAACGAUGGCACUAUGUGGACAAUUAACUCUUGUAUAAUGCUUAAUGAAUGUACUUUUGUUGAUACUGUUUGAAAAAAUUCUAUAUAUGCGAAA